AUGGAAGAGGCAACCGGUAACGCUGCUGCCGCGACAGAGACCGUCGCCUCCGCCGCAAGAAAUUUUGCAGAGCAGAUAGGAAAGAGAAAGAGAAAGAGAAAGAGGUUCCAGCCCCCCACAAAGAACAUCAAGGAGGUGGAGAGUCAGAGGAUGACGCACAUCGCCGUGGAGCGCAGCCGGCGGAAGCUGAUGAACGAGCAUCUCAGCUCCUUGCGGAACAUAAUUCCCCCUUACUUCAUCCAAAUGGUAAUUUUGUUCUUCCUACGUACAUCCUGAAGCAUCCGUCUCCCAGGGAUUCUGAACUUUCUUAUGCUCACAGGGAGACCAGGCCUCAAUCAUCGCCGGAACCAUCGAGUACGUGAAACAGCUGGAACAACUUCUUCAGUCCCUCCUGUCUGAGAGGGGCGAGAGAGACCGGAGACAUACAUACUUCUCCUCCACCUCUCCUCUAACAAGUAUCUACCCUUUUCGAGAAUUCUUCCCUUCGCCCAAGUACACCAUUCACACCUCGCGAUCUCCGACUACCACCGAGGUCGACGUCGCCGCAACGGUAGUGCAGUCACAUGUGAAUCUGACGGUACUUUCGCGGCAGAAGCCGGGGCAGCUGCUGCGGGCAGUCUCGGAACUGGAGAACCUCCAUCUCUCGGUACUCCAUCUCAAUGUCACCUCCUUCGACUCCUCCGUUCUCUUUUCCCUCAACCUCAAGGUGCCGCCCCUUCGAUCUCCGUCAAUCUGAUUCCCUGGCGCCACAUACUUUCAUCAAGUCCAUCUCUCGAUUGACUGUCUGGGUCUCGCAGAUCGAAGAGGAGUGCAAGCUGGGUUCGACGGACGAGAUAACUGCAGUGGCUCAUCAGAUUUUUUCCCUCUGCGACUGA